AGUUAGCCGUGUUGGCUCAGGAGCCAAACACGAAACACGGCACCUCGAUUGACGGCGAGGACCCUGAGUUCGGGUCAUCGUUUGUUCUCUUCGCUCGCAACCUGUUUACGGCCAUGCUAGGACCGUUGAAGUCUUUGUUCUGGCCAAAGGAUGAUCGCGUCGCCGCGGGCGAGAAGCUUGCGUCUCCGGGGCUGGAGACGCUCGGCACCAAGCAGCGCAAGCCAACUUUGCAGAACGUGAAGGCGGAGGACUACGCGACCCCCGACAAGUACCUCGAGGGCGCCGAGAUCCCCACCUUCUACCAGUUUCAGAGCAACCUUGUCGCGGACGAGGACCUGAAGCCCGGAAUGGUCCGCGUGCUCGAGGUGGACAAGCGCCUCACGCUGCCCACGCGGACGCACAUCCGCUUCCUGGUUACCGGACAGGAUGUCAUCCACAGUUGGUCCGUUCCGUCCCUCGGCGUCAAGACGGAUGCCACCCCGGGCCGCAUCAACCGCAUUACCACCUUCAUCCAGCGCGAGGGCGUGUUCUAUGGGCAGUGCUCGGAGCUUUGCGGCACGCUCCACGGCUUCAUGCCCAUCGUCGUAGAGGCCGUGUCCCCGGAGACCUACGCGGCCCACGCCAAGAAGUGGUAUAAAGAGUGAGCCGUGCGGUUUCGAAUAGGUGCCAGGGCUUCAUCCUCAAAAUCCGCCCUCCUCUUACCUCCCCCCCCGCCUCUUCUCCGGACGGAGGCGACAGUCGUCGUCUGGCGGCCGCUUUCUCGCGCGCUCCGAACCCGCCGAUGUGUUCCACCAGGCUUCCGACUCCAUGCCGCUUCCCGCGUUGAGCAAGAUAAAAGAUGUCUUCCGCCGGCGCCCCCCCCGGAGAUCAAUUCUGUGCCUUGAACGAACGCCCACCAGGGCAAAUCGAUUCAGGAAUUAUGAACUGGUUCACUGGACAUUGGCAGUUGAGUGUGCUGGUGCAGUCCCCAGUCGCUCUCGCCAAGGGACGUGCGUUCCGCAGGACACAUUCGGUUAUUCUCGGACGUCGAGUAGCUGUCCCGGUAGGCUGCACUCGAAGUGCGAUGCCAUGCGCAGGUGGAGUGCAGAUGGCAGCGUACACUAGAGGGCUUUUUGCGCAAGGGUGUUCUGUCAAUCUUCGAAAGAGGC